CGCCGUAUAAAAGUGCAACAAGCUCAAAUUCAGUUUAGUCAGAUCCCACAAAAUGGGGCAUGUGAUAAUGAACGAAAUUCUGACCUACGUCACCCUUUUGGGUUUAUGGCCCCGAUCGCGAAAAUCAACAAAAACAAUCUCCUAUUUGAUCAUUUUGUCAAGUUCGUUUCUUUUCUUUGGAAGUUUGUUAUACUUGGUAGUCCACCGCAAGUUUGGGAGCAAUGAAAUCGAUUCAAUCGAGACCGUCACCAGUCAGUUUGCAGUAUUGUAUUACAUGACGUUUUUUACGCUGAAACGUGAAGGCACUGUGAGGAUUAUCGACCAGAUGUCUGAUUUUUCAAAAUUCGGGAAACCACCUUUAUUUGACCAGCACAACAAAAGGCUUAAUUAUCUCUUGAGUUACUUUGUGAUUUGUCUUUUUGUGGCCAUCGUAGGCGUGGUGGCCUUGCCGGCGAUUUACACAGGCUCCUGCCAUAAGGCCAACGAGCAACUAAACCUGACGAAAACGUGCGGUUUAGUGGCACCAGUUUGGUUACCUUUUGAUUAUAAUGGGUAUCCCCUAAAAUUUUUGGUUUUUGCCUGGGAAGGAUACUGUUGUAUCAUAACGUACGCAUGCAGUGGGAUCAGUUCUCUGGUUUUAGUCGGAACAAUGGAACACCUGAUUAUAAGAAUCGAGCAGUUGAAACUCAUGUUUCCGGAAAUUUUGAACGAAGCUAACCGACACAUUAGAGAGCAAAAACUGAAAAACUGGGUCCAAUAUCAUUUGGCACUUUUCGGUAUUGGGAAACUAAUGACCGCCACUUACACAUACUGUUUGUCAGUUAUUGUCUUAUGUGUUGGGAUUCUUUUCGGCUGCAUUGGAGUUUCCACGAUGCAAAGCGCGUCUAGUAACAAUUCUGUAUUUCUUUUUUUAGGGUGGUUUCAGUCGCUUAUUGUUUUGAGCGUUUGCGGACAGCGUCUGAUUGACACGUGUUUAUCAGUUGGAAUUGCAGUUUAUAAUAGCAGAUGGUACGACAUGGAUGUUUCGUUUCAAAAGUCUGUUCAUAUGAUUUUAAUUCGGUCACAAAAACCAAUUCUGAUUUACACUGGACCGUUUUCUUACUUGUCUCAUUUACUGAUUUUAAGCGUCCUUCAGACGGCUUACUCGUAUAUUAAUCUUCUCAGUGCAAGAGGUUAAAUAGUUUUGAUACUUGUUUAAGUUAAAAAGCAACUAAUACCCACUACAUCACUUUUAAAUCUUUACAGGUUUCAGCUCACGUUUCUUGCACACUGAGAAAAAAAGACUGAUUAUCUACCUUAAAUUGCUGUAAUAUAUUAAGAUAUUAAAUAAAAUUUCUCUUAAUUUA